UCUCCAAGAUGGCCGCGUGGGGACGGAGGCGCCUCGGCCCGGGCAGCAGCGGCGGCAGCGGCCGAGAGAGGAAAUCAACAGUGUUUGUAAUGAAGAACAUCAGACUCUGAACUGUAACCUGAAUUCUUGUCCAAAAUUCAGCACACUGGCAGCGAGCACAUGAAACAGAUUGCCACUUGCCUGUCGACGUCUUUGAGACACACUUGCCCAUCUAGGAAGGCACAGUGCAGGUGCCUGUGUGUUCUGCCACUUGGGUGCCAGCCCGGAUCAGCUCACAGACGGUCCCGCCUGUCCCCUGGGCUCCUUGUCUUCAUUCUCUCAGGGCCCCUGAGCGUCCCUGAGUUCUCCGUGAUUGUCGGAAUGCUGAGCUUGUCGGCCACCGACUGCUACAUCGUGCACGAGAUCUACAAUGGGGAGAACGCGCAGGACCAGUUUGAGUACGAGCUGGAGCAGGCCCUAGAAGCCCAGUACAAAUACAUCGUGAUCGAGCCCACCCGCAUCGGCGACGAGACCGCGCGCUGGAUCACCGUGGGCAACUGUCUGCACAAGACCACCGUGCUGGCGGGCACUGCUUGCCUCUUCACCCCGCUGGCGCUGCCCUUGGAUUACUCCCACUACAUCUCCCUGCCUGCCGGUGUGCUGAGCCUGGCCUGCUGCACCCUGUACGGGAUCUCCUGGCAGUUCGACCCGUGCUGCAAGUACCAGGUGGAGUACGACGCCUACAGACUGUCCCGCCUGCCCCUGCACACACUCACCUCCUCCACCCCGGUGGUGCUGGUCCGCAAGGACGACUUGCACAGAAAGAGACUGCACAACACGAUAGCGCUCGCCGCCCUGGUGUACUGUGUAAAGAAGGUGUACGAGCUCUACGCCGUAUGAUCCGCAGGCGAGGAGCAGACGGCCGCCCGCGGAGACGAGAGUGUUCAGAGUGCACAGGAACAUUUCUUUGCUCCAUGAGGCCAUGGAGCCUGGGAAAGUGUUUGGUUUAAUAGUUGUUAUUUUUAAAAAAUAGCACAGAUCACAAAUGUACCAAGGGUUUUUCAACGCGUCACACUAAGAUGUGGAUUUCCGUAACCCACGGGGAGUCUGAGCUGUGGACGUCUGACUGGGCAGUGCAGUGCUGAUGGGAGCUGAGGGGUGAGUGCGUGGGGUGGGGUCUCCAAGUCUGUUGUUAACUGUACCAUCCAGAGCCAACCAGAAGCU